GGCGGUGGGCGGUGUCGGGCCUGCCGUCCCCAUCUCCCCAUUCCCGGCCCCAUCUUUCUGAUGGAGUCUCUCCGGCCUCAGCCGUCCUCACCCGGCGGCACUUUCCGCGGCCUCCUGCCCGGGGCGUCGGGCUCAGCGCUCGGGCCUGUGGCAGGCCCGGUCCCCGGUGCCGGAGCGGCUGAUGAGCGGAGCCGGGCGGUGCUGAGGGAGGCGGUGGAGGCCGUGGUGAAGAGUUUCGCCAAACACACCCAGGGAUACGGCCGAGUGAACGUGGUAGAGGCUCUGCAGGAGUUCUGGCAGAUGAAGCAGAGCAGGGGGGCAGAGCUGAAGAAUGGAGCGCUGGUGGUGUACGAGAUGGUGCCCGCGAGUAGCCCCCCAUAUGUCUGCUAUGUCACCCUGCCAGGGGGCAGCUGCUUUGGCAGUUUCCAGGUACAGUGACUGCAUGGUUAUCUUGUGAAGGGCGA